AGCAUGCGCCAAAGGGGGUCGCGGAUCACGAUCCGUAUUACGCGUAAAGAAAUAAAUACGGUGGUGAUCGAGUGCGAUUAAACUGGUCGGUAAAAAGUGUCAGGUAUUGUAUCGCACGGUCGAGUUAAGUGGAAACCAGCGAGCUUCGAACGCCGAACGCCGAACGCCUAUCGAACGAUGGACUAAUAAAAAAGCGUUCCACCAGUUCUCAUUCUAUCUUGCCUGUCCUCACACAAAAGCUCCGGAAAAGCGGCGAAACAUGGAUGAGAACUUGAGCCGGGGUUACGUGCAAUUGGGCAAAGCGAGGGGCAUGAACGAAUUUAAAUUUUCCAACGGAUUCACGCAUUUAUCACCGCCGGUCGACAAACGGAACUUCGUCUACUUUACUCUGAUCCUUGGCGGCAUUGGCUUCCUCUUGCCAUACUACAGCUUCAUCAUAGCGGUGGAUUAUUUCCAAACAAAGUAUCCUGGCACCACAGUGAUUUUCGAUAUGUCUCUUGUCUACAUUAUCAUGGCUUUCUUCGCGGUGUUUGCAAAUAACAUUUUAGUUGAAACACUGUCUUUGAACACCAGAAUAACGUUUGGAUACCUGGUGUCUUUUGUUACAUUGAAUUUUGUUAUGAUAUGCGAGAUCUGGUGGGAAUUAUUCGGUGUUGCUACUUCCUAUACAAUUAAUCUAGUUGCUGUUGCAAUUGUAUCCCUUGGGUGCACAGUUCAACAAUCGAGUUUUUAUGGAUAUACAUCUAUGCUUCCCAGUCGAUAUACUCAGGCAGUAAUGACUGGAGAAAGUCUUGCUGGUCUUCUGGUAUCUACUGAUCGCAUAUUUACAAAAUUACUGCUUGAUGAUGAACGUAGCAGUACCUCUAUGUUCUUUUGCUUGUUGAAUGCAACAAUCCUGAUGUGUUUCGUUUUACAUCAAGUGGUUCGUAAGACUGACUUUGUGCAAUUUUAUAUAACGCUAUGUCAGGAAAGAAACCGAAUAACGUUGGAACCGACUGAAGAUGUGGGACUGAUGGAUCCUCUGGAUCAAGUUGGAGAUUCUGCGAAGGGUCAAUAUGGUGUUCUGAAAAUUCAGACUAGCCCUUUAGGAACCGAUUCUGCAAAUGGAAAUACUGAUUUGAGUGGAAUGAAUCAAUAUUCAGCGUUUUCAUUCAGUAAUCCUGUUUACGAACCCAGUGCACCAACAAAUCCUCCUGGUAGUGCGGGUCCUACUUAUAAGGUUGAAGAUGUUGUUGUUAUGAGAGGAACUUAUGGAAGUCAAACUAGUAAACCAUGGCCUGAAAUUAAAAGAGGUCUACUCGCAAGACUUGAGGUGGCUAAGAUCAUAUUUCCAUACAUGGCUAGCAUUGGUAUCGCGUAUUUUGUUACACUUUGUCUGUAUCCUGGUAUUAUGUCAGAAAUAAUUUCCUGUAGACUUGAGUCAUGGAUGCCAGUGAUCCUCAUGGCUGCAUUUAAUGCUUCCGAUGUAUUGGGCAAAAUUCUUGCACUGAUACCUUACGAAUGGAAACGUACCGAGUUACUGUAUUUUUCAUGUGGCCGGGUUAUACUGAUACCUUUAUUCUUGUUGUGUGCACUUCCACGAGGUGCUCCAAUCCUUGGCGGUGAAGAGUAUCCACUGCUAUUUUCCUGUUUACUUGGCGUUACAAACGGUAUUGUGGGGUCAGUACCAAUGAUGCAAGCACCUACUAAAGUUCCAGAAGGACACCGUGAAUUAGCAGGAAACAUCAUGACUUUAUCGUAUACCAUGGGUCUGACUGUUGGCUCAUUAUUGGCAUAUAUGAUGGACGCAUGCUUUGGAUUAGCAGUACAAACUAAAGAUGUCUGUACUAAGACGGUAUACUCUACAUUAGCAUCGCAUAUGGAUAAUGCAACAAUAAGUACUUUGGUAAAUGCUAUGUCUUCCACUACUAUUCCCUCGAUAGAAAACAUUACACCGAAGGUAAACACUACCAUUAGUGCUUUGACGUCUAUUUUAACAUCCACUGUAAUGUUUAAUACUACUGUUAGUACUUUCACAACUAAUACCAUGGAACCAUCUACAACAUUGUCCUCUAAAAUUUUAGUUAAUAUUACUAGUUUAGUUAACAAUACAGUUUUCCAUCACUAGGACACGCACGUUUGUGUGCUGUGUUGAAUCUGGUGCUUUUUGUGAAAAAACUUACUAUCAAAACCUAUGUAUAAAACAUUCUCUUGAUCGAUUACCCAUUCUUUGUAUCCUUCUGUUUCCUAACACCAUAGCAUUCCUAUCGGAAACAUCAUUAAGUUUGAACGUGUUAGAAGAUUUUAAACCGUUUGAAACUUAGAAGAAGCUGUAAUAUAUCGCCAGAUUGAACACACACACAAAGGUUGAAAUUUUCUACCACUGUCAUUCCAUGAAUUGUAGAAAUUAUUUUACCUGACUAUUUAAAUAACAUGAUGGGUAAGAAAUAUUUUUAAAUGUCUAAUGAACGAUAGUCAAUAGGAGGAAACAAAAACGGAGUAAUGCUGAAUGAAACUGAGCAGCAAGUUUUCAUUAUAUUUCACUAAUCCAUCUUCAAAUUCUACAAACAUAUCCGUUGAAAAAACUGCUUCUAGGUCUUGUAAUAUAGAAAGAUACGUGUAGAUAUUCUUUGAAUUUUUCUAGUUAUUGUAAGUUGUUUCUUUAAAAGGUAUCGUGCCUUUCAUACCAUUGUGAAUAAUUUUUAUUGUUCAUUGCUUGUCAAAUAUUAUUGUUAAAGGUGAGAAAAAAAUAUAUGAAUUUGUUGCAUAUGUACAAAAGAGUGAGUGUUAUUUAAUCCUUAAAUAAUACAGUAAUUUACAAUUAUAGACAUGGCAGAAACGAUUUUCAAAAUUUUAGUCUAUUUACGAAUUUAUGUUAUUGAGGAUAAUACUCUUCACUGUUUCUGCCCAGUAAAUUAAAGUGAAUGAUGUGGAAUUAAAUCAAUUUUUAUGGUCAGAAUAAAUAUUAUUUAAGGAUUAAAUUAAAUUUUUUAAGGACGUGGCAAGUAUCUUAUUUCUUAAAAUUGUUACCUUAAACUAUAUUUUCUUAGAACCGUUUGGUAUGACAGUUCUUCUUGAUAAUUCUGACGUGCGAUGCAAUUGUUAGAUCAGUGAUUGGGAAGUUAGCAGAUGUAAGUGAUGAAGUUAUUGUGCAAGUAUAUUCUGUACGAAAUUGUUAUAUUUCCGCGUAAAUAAUUAAUAUAUAAUUGUAAGAUACGUAUACUUCCGCAAAAAAAUGAAGAAGAAUAAAAAGCAUUUGUCUUUUUUCAGCACAUAGUUCUGUCUACGUUACAUGUCCAGAAUAUAUCCACAGUUGUGUGGGAGAUUAUAAUCAAAUCUUCAAUCUUUAUAACAUUAAGAUCAUGUCGACGUGUCGUAAUAGAAUUUAAACGAGUAACUUAAAAAAAAGAGAGGGGAGGAAGAGAAUUCUUUGAUUCUUUGUUUUGAAAUGAAACAAAUAAUGAAGCUCAUCCAAGCUCGUGAAUUAAAUGGAUUUUAAAAUAACAGACGAAUCGUACGUGUGCGGAUGUGUUAACUCGGAUGCUUUUUUACGAGCAUUCCGAUGCAUUAUUUCAACUAUAAAAUUGUAUUACAUUAAAAGAUAAAUGUAUAUGCGUAAUAUUUACCAAUGUAUCUCUCAUCCAAGCUGCUUACAGACAUAUUUCUUACAUUUAAUGCAAAUCUAGAGAUCAUUUAACAAGAACUGCAUAGGAUUUUUCUUGUUCAUACAUAAUACACGCAUAAUGCAUCACAGGUUUUCAUUCAUUUCAUAUAAUGCUCUGUUUUGUUAAAUAAUGAGAAAAACAUGUAGGCCUGAUGUAGACACGAGGAAGAAUAUCGCAUCCACUAAGUACCUUAUUUUUACAUAUAAUUAUUAUAUAUUUCGAGAUCUUUGAAGAAAUUUGAGAAGGUAAUUGGUGUUAGGGCGAGAACAUUAAGAACAUAAUAUGUACGAAUUCUUGCAAGUGAAUAAUAAUUUCUAAACGAACUUUUUAUGACAUGUUUCUUUGACGAAAUAAUUUUAUGAAGUCUUUCAGAUUUAUAUAUACAUCAUAGGGAGAUACUUUACUCGUCGUUUUUAUGCGAUAGUGGCAUAUUUUAUAUUGCUUUUUAACUUACACCAUAAACAUAUAAGUUCCAAGAUAUACCUAUCAAAACUAUAUAAAAUAAAUAUUCCAAGGGUGACGUUCGUUGCGAAGGUAAACAUAUUAUGAAUAUUUAUUUGUAAGACGACUAAAGAAAUGAUGGUUAAAUGAAAUGAGUGAGGUAUAUGGCUAUGAAUGUACAGUGUAAGAAUGCAGUUUGAAGAUUAUGUGUAGAAAAUAUGGAGAAUGAUUUUGUUUUAUAUCAUAUUUUUCAUCCUAGUAUUUUUUCCACGAACGUUGUGUGGGUUGCGUGAUGGAGUAAGUUUUUGAAAAAUCCACGAUACGUACGCACUCAAUGCGUAAAAAUACUACAAUCAAUUACGAAUACAAGGGUAGUUGUAAUUGAUUAUUAGAUUAAUCAUUCAUGUAUUAAAAACUGGUCCAUAUCGGAAUUAAUUAAUAUGUACAAGUAAUAAAUAUGUAUAUUAUUUUCUUUAAUAUACCUUA